AUGAGGAAACCAUCAAAGUCUGCGUCGCCUCUUACUUCUCGUCCGUCAUUUUCCUCGUUGCCGUACGACGUCGCUCUAAACUGUCUAGCUCGUAGCUCAAGAACCCAAUAUCCAACCCUAUCUCUCGUCUCAAAGCGUUUCCGAUCGCUCCUGGCUUCCUCUGACCUAGAGGCCACAAGAUCCCUCGUCGGAAAACCCGAGACGUGCCUCUACGUGUGGCUAAAUCUGAACAACAAGCCUUGCUGGUUCCUUCUAUCGGAAACUCCCAACCAACAACGCAAACUGAUACCGAUCCCUAGCUUUCCUUACAAGCAUUCCGACACAUCAACCGUUCUCUCCGUUGGUUCGGAGAUUUACAUAAUCGGCGGCGGGUUUGGUAAACAUAAAAGAAGCAGGAGAGUGGUUGUUCUUGACUGUAAAUCUCAUCAAUGGCGUGAACUCCCCAAGAUGCAUGUGCCUCGCAACGAAGCAGCCGUUGAUGUAACAGAGGAAGGUAAGAUUCGUGUGGUCGGAGGAUGCAGCAGCAGGUAUGUUAACAGCGACAAGUCGGGAGAGGUUUACGACCCGAAGACACAAACUUGGGAGCCAUUAGAUGUCGGAGUUGAAGCGAGUUUGGUUUCAUCAAGGCUACGCUGCGAGGGUGGUCAUAAGCCGUGGAAGAGAGUUGUGGGACUUAAGGGGAAGACCACGAAUCAUCUUGUUUCGGUCGAGAACCAUGUAGGAGGAAUGAGAAAGACAGUUUUGUGGUGGUUAGAGUCUGGCCCUAAAACGCAGAUUUGGUGUGCAGAGGUUUCACUUGUGCCAUGCCCAUCUGGAAAGAUUGAGAGAUCUACGGAGUGGUCUGAGAAUGUGUUUACCUUCCAAGGAUGUGAAUCUGAUUCCUGUUUCGUUUUGCAUUCUACUUUAGUGACACAUGAGCAUUGA